AUGCCACCCUGUGCCAAGGCAAUUCAGAUCUGGGAGCUGCAGGAAGAUCCAGCUCGAUGUGAAGAAUUCUGGGAAAGCUCCCACAAAGCACUGCUGGUUGCCAGCUCGAAGGGUGCCGAGGCCCAACAGCUCAUGGUGGAUGGGGCCUUGCAACACGUGCCUUUGAUCCCGCCCGAGCACUGCAGCGGAAGCACCAGAUCGAUGGACCUAGGAUCCCUGGCAGUGCGCCAGCAAGUGAACCCGCAACUGGCAGCCAUUGCCUUGGCAGCCUCACAAAGGACAUGCCAGAGGUCCUUGAGAUUCCGAGGGGCCAGGGUGAACUUGGUUGAUUUGCUCAUUUUCGUGGAGAGAUUGGUUCCAUCUGGGCAAGUGAGUGGCUUCUUCAACGAAAUCACGGAAAACCGUUGUGAGAUGGAUGUGUUCUCACACUUUCACAAGGUGUAUUGUGUCGCCGGGGAUUGGAUUCUACCCGCCUUCAUCACGUCUGGGCUGCUGAUCCACCCACCCUACGGUCCAGGGACAUGGGCAUGCUACGUUCCCAAGUCGAUGAAGGCCUUUGAACAUUUCGAACUACAUUUGGUGGAUCCCUUCCUGUGGCACCAUCCCUUGUCACUCAAAGUACACGCAGCUAUCCAAACCUUGCAUCGAUACAAGUUCGCGGUUUGCCCUCAACCUCUGUACAGACUCGAAGCACAUCGCUGUUUGUUGGAGGAUUGGCUUAGCUAUCAUCGACAUCUUGGAAUUGAGCACUGGACGGUAUAUGAUUUGGACGGUUCUGGGCUGGACUUUUUGUCAAAUGUGUCAGACAUUGAGCUUGUCUCGCGGUAUCCAGAUGUACUUGGCUCACCUCGCUUGGUCCAAGGGAAUCAGUGGAACCCGAUUUGUUUAGAAGCCAUCGCGCUCACACAAUGUUUUUGGCGCUACAGGGGACGAGCAGACACUGUCUUCGUGCUGCAUUCCUUUGACGAGUUCCUGGUGUCAGUCAACCAUCAAAAAAAUGGGUUGCUGAAGUUCCAGUCUAUCAUCUCAUCUGCUGACAACCUAACCGUCGCUCACCGAAUUCCAGCGGUGAAUUAUGGCGGUGACGCAUUGCCCGGCGAUGGUGAUGCAGCGGGUCUCUGUGGAAAGCCACUGAUCCAACGUUUUCCACGCCACACCGGAAAGCUGUAUUGGCACAUUGUUGCUGCACAGCCUGACUACAUUUUAUCUGUGAAUACGACCAGUGCGUGGCCGCAGCCACCAUGGAAGAUGGUGGAUUUUUUUCAUCCCGAUCUUCUGCGGCUUAAUCAUUACAUCGAUGCGCUGGGAGCACGUGCAAGUCCAGAGGCUUUUAAGCAUAAGGAUGCUUCAAAAGUCUUGGACUGGGGUGCGAAUCUCAUCUCCGCAGCUCGUAAGGGAGAUUUCAGCAUGGUGAUGAUUUCCGCCAUGGCCUCCAUCCUGGCAGCUGCCCGCGUUCCACACGACGAACUUCGGACGGCGCUCACCUCGCCACGUCGAUCGCCGUUGAGUCGCGUCGCCUUCGAUCUGGCAGAGCUGGAGGAAGUGCAGCUGGUGAAGGGAGUGUUAGCAGCUGGUUUCCACAGGGGCGAUACCAACUCUGAUGGGACACUGUCAAAAGACGAGUUUCAGACGCUGGCUGAGCCACUUGGAUGGGAUGCCCACCUAAGACGACGGGACUUUCACUACAUCGGCUUGUUUCUGCAUUUGUGGGCUGCAGAAGAUGGUGGCUUGUUCCAUCAAAUUGAUGACAGUCAAGAUGAUAGGCUCUCAGAAGACGAAUGGUCAGAAGGUAUGCUUUGGCUUUGUCGGCGGCAGGAGUUGCGUCUCGCCGGGGACCAGUUGCUUCAAUGGACCAAAGAGAUGGAGAGGAAGCCACUUCAUUUUGCAGAUGUUGCAGCCGGAAGAGUUGGACCCCAGACUGUGCACCAGGCGUGUGAGCAUCACAGCAUGCCCAUUUCGCGCUCGGAAGCUGAAGCCAUUUUCGCACGGCUGAGCCGCAGCACACCCAGUGGCAUGCGCCUGACUUUCAAGGUGGCGGUGUGGCGCUAUGUCAGGUUGAGCAGGAAUUUGGAGAGCAUAGAGGAGCCACCCGAAGUUGCAAGAGCCAAGGAAAUGGUGGUCGCAAUGAACCAUGUCCUUGUCGAGAAGCACGGCAGUAGUUUGGAAGCCACCCUCGAGCAGUAUGGACAGGAGUUUGUGCCACAAAGCGAGCUGCGGAAGGUCUUCUCCAUCUCGCGUGCCCUGAGUGAUGCGCAAUGGGCGGCCCUGCUGCCCUUCCUACACAAGCGCCCUGAUGGGCAGAUUUUAUGGCAGUCUGUGUUGGCGUGGGCCGGCUUGGCCAGGAGUCCCGUGGCUCCAGCUUCAAGCCCGGCGGUCGUGGCUGCUCAGGCAAAACGAUGGGACAGAUUUGAGUUGGACCAUGCACAUCCAUGCACGCGUAAUCCGUGGUGCCAGGUUGGCACCACCAACUGGAACAUGUUGAUAGGGCAUGAGAACCACAAGGGCUUCACUCAUCUUCACUAG